GACUCUGCUCGUCUCUGCAGGAAGACAGAAGAGGAGUUCUUGCUUCAACAGUGAUUGAACGGAACUUCUUUUUUUCUCCGACCGAGACACUUACAUUCCUCGUCUGUUUAACACCUAGAAAUUUAUAUUUUUGUACCGCAUUUGUUAAGAAAGCGACGCUAAAAAAGCCAGCCAAGAUGGAGUCUCAAGUGCGCCAGAACUACCACCGCGACUGCGAGGCCGCCGUCAACCGCAUGAUCAACAUGGAGAUGUUCGCGUCCUACACCUACACCUCCAUGGCCUACUAUUUCUCCCGUGAUGACGUGGCGCUCCCAGGCUUCGCCCACUUCUUCAAGGAGAACAGCGACGAGGAGCGGGAGCACGCUCAGAAGCUGCUGUCCUUCCAGAACAAGCGAGGCGGGCGCAUCUUCCUCCAGGAUGUCAAGAAACCGGAGCGCGACGAGUGGGGCAGCGGGCUGGAGGCCAUGCAGUGCGCUCUGCAGCUGGAGAAGACCGUCAACCAGGCUCUGCUGGACCUGCACAAGCUGGCUUCGGACCACACCGACCCGCACAUGUGCGACUUCCUGGAGAGCCACUACCUGAACGAGCAGGUGGAGGCCAUCAAGAAGCUGGGCGACUACAUCACCAACCUGACUCGCAUGGACGCCCACAACAACAAGAUGGCAGAGUACCUGUUCGACAAGCACACCCUGGGCGGCAAGAGCUAAAGGAGCCCAGUGCCACGCUGGCAUGCUGCGCCAUCCAAGUCCAGUCUGCUUUGUUGACAAGUCUUGUCCAUGUGACCGCUGCGGCUUGUUCACCGCCUUGUCUGACCAAAGUACAUUGUGAUCUUGAGCAGAAUAAAAGUUUUGAGCUGGA